AUGCGGCCAUUUAUCCUGCUCUCUGCCUGGCUGACAGCAUCAGCUGGUGCAGCUCCUACAUUAUUUGACAACACCUAUGACUACUCAGACGAGCUGGGGGAGUUUUAUGGCAGAGUGAGCAAGUACAUCGACAGUGCAAAGGAUGCUUUUGCUGCCUCGAUGUCAUGCGACACAUCCAGGAUUGCCCUGCCCGCUUUCGCCUCUGGACUACCGUCCCCCAGUAGCCAGAAACCAUUAUAUGUCGCUGUUGGUCGCGGUACUCAGAACUACACCUGCGCGACCUCAACCGCAGACUCGAAACCAGUGGCCAUUGGGGCUGUUGCGAGCCUCUACAACGCAACCUGUAUCGCAGCGAAGUUCCCGGACAUGCUGGCCAUGCUUCCGAACAUCGUAUAUAAGAUGCAGGUCCCUAAGAAUCCAUGGGAUCCUCUCCCACCGGCAAACAUCAAUCUACUGGGCCACCAUUUCUUCUCAGGGCCUGUACCAGUGUUCAACUUCGACACGACCCCGAGUCGCCAAUACGGAGUAGCCUACACAAAGAAACAGGCUGAACUACCGGCGCCAUCCAACGCAGUCAAGGGUGCCAAUGGUGCUGUCACAUGGCUCUACCUCUCAACGAUCAAUGGCACCAUUGGAGACUACUCAAGUGUCUAUCGCGUUGAUACUGCCUCAGGAGCACCGCCCAAGACCUGCCAGAACAUGCCGCCUGUGAUUACAGUGCAAUAUGCAGCCAAUUACUAUUUCUUCGGGAAGUGA